AUGUCAGAAUUUUAUUCAUUUGCACCAACGGAUCAAGAUGGAAACCCCUUCCCCCUUUCCUCUCUACAUGACAAAGUGGUGUUGGUAGUUAACGUAGCAUCCCAUUGUACGUUUACGCCCCAAUAUAAGGAGUUAGAGUACUUGUACGAGAAAUACCGAUCUUAUGGUCUAGAGAUCAUAGCCUUCCCCUGUGGUCAGUUCGGAAAUCAAGAGUUCGAGAAAGACGAGGAGAUCAAUAAAUUUUGCCAGAAUAAGUUUGGCGUGACCUUCCCUAUCCUGCAUAAGAUUCAAUGUAAUGGCCAAAGGCAAGAUCCGGUUUACAGAUUUUUGAAGAAUUCAGUAAACGGGAAGUCAGGCAUAAAGAUGAUAAAGUGGAAUUUUGAAAAGUUUUUGAUUGACCGAAAUGGGAAGGUAGUUAAAAGGUUUUCAUGCAUGACGAGGCCACUCGAACUUUCUUCCCUCAUCGAAGGGUUGUUGAGUGAACCGCAAAAGCAAGAGACUUGA